AUGUACGCCGGCGACGGCGAGGAAGAAGAGGAUCGGACGACCCAGUACAGGAGGGACCGUCCGGCAAGAGGAGGAAGGACCAAGUCAUACACCCGCUGCGUCUCCUUACCAAACGACGACCUCCAAAGCUUCCGCUCAUGGCUCCAGUGGAUGUGCGUUGACCAGUCGAGCUUCUGGCGCGCGGCCCUCUCGUGGAUUGUCUUCCUCACCCUCUCCGUCGCCGUGCCCCUCGUCUCCCACUUCGUUCUCCUCACGGACUCCGACAAGGAAGCGCAGCGGCGGCGCGCCAGCUACGACGCCGUCGUCCAGCUCUCUCUCUCCUCCGUCGCCGCCCUCUCCUUCAUCUGUCUCUCCACCUUCUUCCGCCGCUAUGGGCACCGCCGAUUCCUCUCCCUCGACAAGCUCUGCCGCGAGAGCGAGGCCGUCAGGAGUGGCUACACCGCUCAGCUUAACGUAAGCCUCCUCUCUCUCUCUCUCCCCCCCUUCACUUCCCCCUCGGAUCGCACCUUCUCUCUUCUGAUAAUUACACGACGAUGAACCCCUGUGAUGAACUCGCCCGAUCUGGUUCUCCGUGGCCAGCUCUAAAUCAGGAAAUCUCCCCGUUUUCUUUAUGAAGGCAAUAUCACGUCACUGUCUUAAAAAUUUAGUAUCCCUUGUCGUCUCGCGAGGAGAUGACCUUCACUGGUUGGCCUGGACCCUACAAGAAAACGUGACGUCAGCCCAGCGGAGAUAUCUAACAACCGGCCGGGCCCUAAGAUCCUAUUCCCACAUCGCCACCAGCUUCCAUCCUUGGUCAAAACACAUGGCUUCCACGCUGUCUUCCUGCCCCUCAAGCCAACGUUAUUUUCCAAAUUUGGGCUAAUCAUUUGGAGGCAUUCAAGAAGGGGAUCUUCACGAACCCUUUCCGACGAGACAGCAGGUGUUGAAGGUCCCAAUAUAAGGUUAGGCUUGGGCUUGGGCAUCGACCAUGGAGGACAGGCAGGUUGCGGCCGAUGCCAUCCUCCUCUCAUAAUGAUGAGGGCGAAGGGAUCGAUUUCCGCCGAAGAGGAUGAAUAAAAAAGUGCCCUUGAGAUGAUCUACAACGACCUUCCAGGGUAGCCCUCCAUCACUCAGUUUAGUGAGAAGGUCAGGUUUGUGUUGCAGUCUGCUACAACCUUGGUGCAAUAUUUUUAACCAACGUGAGAGGGUUGUGCCCUCCUGUUGAAUCAAGUGGGGGGAAAAAUUAUGUCCCGGAAGGCAUUCAUUAUCUUCGGCAAUUUUUCUCUCCCUAAGAUAAUUUCUUGUUUUCAGAGUUGCGGGCUACACCUGAACUAUCAAACAAUAUCAUAGUCACUAUAUAUCUUGACACCUUUGUUAUUAUUCUAUAUGAUUCUUUGAUUUCAUACCCUUUCUUCCUGCUACUUAUUUCCUAGUUUCGCUUCUCUUCUCUACAUUUUUUUAAAAAAUGUAUAUGAAUUAACACCAUCCAAACGAGGUUGUAUGAUUUUGAAUGCAUAUGUUGAAUUGCCAAAGAAUCUUAGCAUACUUGUUUUCCAUGAAUAAAGAACUAUAAUUAGCUUUUUAGUGGAUCUAUGGAAGUAGAUAAAUCAAGAACUCAAUCACAUUUCAACUACCUUUAUCACGGGAUUGAAACGAAGCGAUUAUUAUCUCAUUCAUAAGUUCGGAAUGUGAUGUGAAGGCAAGUGAUUAAGAAAGAUGAUGGAAUAUGACAAGUGCCCUUACUUUUGAUCCGUAUGGAUCUGGGAUGAUGAUGAUGAAUGUGGCAUCGUUAGGAACUUGACUUCUGAAUUUUCAAAAGCAUAUCAAAUUACUGGAUGAGGUUUUUACGGAUUACUGAGAUGUGCUUGAGGCCAAUCAGAGAUUGUUGUCCCCCAUAGAUAUUCAAGGAUAUGAGUGAAAAAACACACUCUAGCGACUUUCAUAAAAUCAUGAAUAAAUUUGAAGAAUUAAAAUGAUUAUCCGCUCAAUUUAUUUUUCUGGAACACAAAACUGAUUUUGAUAGGUGAAAAAUGAAGAAGCGUGGAAAUCCGUGACUAGCUUAUUCUGACAGUUGAAGAGGUAGACGAGGUAAGGAUGACCAUUUGUUGCCGUUGACGAUGCAGUAGGCUCAACCGAUGAUCGUUCUUGCUUCGGAUUAUGAGCAGACAUGGGGCUGUUCUUCUGUCCCGUGGAUCCGAUUGUCUAAAGCAAACAUGGUUGUGAUUCAUGCCCGUCAGCCUGCCGCUUUAUCAUCUGAAAACCUUAACUUUAUCAUCUGUACACUCGUUGCUGAAGAGAGUACCAAAGAGUAAGAUGAAUUUUCUCCUUGACGAUCGUCGUUAUUUCAACCUAUGAUUGUUAUUCUUUGGGCUUUGGCAGAGGUCCUUCAAGCUGCUGUCGAUGUUUGUGGCGCCAUGUUUUGUGAUAGAGACCGGAUACAAAGUCUGGUGGUACAUCGCUGGAGCUCGACGUAUCCCCUUCCUGGGAAACCCCUACGUGAGCGACGUAGUGGCGUGUGCAUUUGAGCUCUGCUCAUGGCUGUACAGGACGGCCAUAUUCUUUCUAGUUUGCCUGCUCUUCCGCCUCAUCUGCUUCCUCCAGAUCCUUCGUCUCCAGGACUUCGCCCUCGUCUUCGAGGAUUCCGACGUUGCCUUCAUCCUUGCGGAGCACCUCCGCAUCCGCCGGCAGCUCCGUGUCAUCAGCCAUCGCUUCCGCUUCUUCAUCGUCUCCUGUCUCGUCCUUGUCACCCUCUCCCAACUCGCCUCCCUCCUCCACACCACCCGCUCCGACGUUGUGGUCGAUCUCUUGAACGCCGGCGAGCUAACGGUACGACCAUCACUCUGCUUCCUCCAUUCAUCAUGUUCGUUACUUUUUCUGUGUUCAUGAAAUCGUCUGCUUGACUUUGGUAUGAUGCUUAUAGGGCUCUCGUUAAAAUCUUACACCUUGAGAAGAACCCUGGCCUUUUUCUGGAUAUCAGCAUGCUUCUCCCUCCUCUCCCGUUUGGCUUCUUCGUGUUUAUGCCUGUCGUCUUUCCUUUUCACUAGGAACAUGUUGUGCAUCUUUCAUGGCCCUAAACACUAAGAAUAAGGAUGCCCUUAACGAUCAUUGCUUCUUCUCUAUUUUAUGUUUAGAUGACAGGGUGGAUCUCCUUCCCCCAUCCUCCAGUCCUACGCAAAAGGAGCCAUGGCUUAUUGCCAUGACUUUGAUCGUCAGCAACGUUCCCCCUAGGUUAGAGACAUAAUUUCUUCAUUCUGGGUGAAUCGCAGCCAGGCGCUCCCAGCUUAACCAAUAUGGAUGGGGAACACGAUCUCAGACUAACAUUUUGGUGACGGUACGAAGAGGGAGAUUGCUCAAGAAGAUGAAAUAAUGGGACAAGGUCAAACCCUGAGAGACGCGACUUUUUCAUGUGAUCGGUGGCGUUGGAUGGAGCUGUGACUUUGGAAAUAUUCUAGUUCCGAACUACUUAGAAAAUAGGCGAACGUAGACUAGAAAGAUUAGGGACAGGUGGAGAGUAGUAUAACAAAUAAGCCUAGGGCUUUUGGUUCUUCUUCUUCAUCAUCUGAUCUUUUGGACUUGUCAUACUAUCGGCCUUAUUGAGAUUUAUGUUGUGGAAUCUCUGCAUGGCUUCUCCUGUUGCGAUAUCUGGUGAAAGAGGAUCUUUGAUCCUGGCAGAUAUGCUCUCUGGUGUUGGUGGCGGGGAUCCUACUUUGCUUGAGAAGUGCUGCCAAGAUUACCCAUAAAGCUCAAGCCAUCACCAGCCAUGCUGCCAAGUGGCACGCGUUCGCCACCAUUGACUCCUGCGACGAGGGUUCCAACCGCAUUCAUCCUGUGGACAAUCUCGAUGAGUCGUCGGACUACGAAGAGCUCGGUGACGACGAUGACCUUGAAGACACCAAGAUCCUCCAGCCCCGUGCAAACAUCAUGUCCUUUCAGAAGAGGCAGGCGCUGGGUGAGCACCCGUCUCGACUUCGUCUUCAAUGGCUUCUUGCUGCGUAAAUAACGAGAGCCUGACGCAGAGAGCUUCAUGCUGGGUGCAGUGACGUAUCUGGAGAACAACAGAGCGGGCAUCACGGUGUUCGGCUUCAUGGUUGACCGGGCAUGGCUGCAUAUGAUCUUCGGCGUCGAGUUGUCGCUCGUCCUGUGGCUACUGGGGAAGACGGUCGGCAUAAGCCGCAAUAUGACCUCCCUCAUCUGCCACUAA